UCCUCCUCCUUCAUUUUUUCCCUCCUUCACUUUCCCCUCGUCUUCCUUGACCCUCUCAACAGAACCAGAUAGAAAACGCGAAGAAAGAAAAAAAAAAGGAGAGAACAGAAAACGGAGAGAAAACAAAUCAGAGAGAGAAUCAAAUUCCGAUGAGUGAGAGAGCGAAGAAGGAAAAGCCAACGGAGAAGAAAGAGAGGAUGAAGAACAUCUUCAAGAAGCUUCACAUAGGGAGCAGUCACGAUCCUCAUCGAUCCAACGAAACCACGCCGCCACCUGCACCCUCGCCCUCCUGCGCCGCCGAGCACGCUCAGAACUCCGCCGCAUCUCCGGCCACUCCUUCCGCGUCGCCGGCACCGGCACCUCCCGCGCCGCCUGCUCCCGUCCCCGCCCCGAUGGUUUCUCGGCAGGAUUUUUUCUCGUCGGAGGAGGAGUUUCAGGUGCAGCUUGCCCUAGCUAUCAGUGCUUCCAAUUCAGACUUCCGUGAUGAUCCUGAGAAGGAUCAGAUCCAUGCCGCCACGCUGCUGAGCCUGGGAGGUCAUCGGAUGGAUUCGGCGAGGAAUAAGGACGAUGUGGCGGAAGCGCUGUCUAGGCAGUACUGGGAGUACAAUGUGCUGGACUAUGAAGAGAAAGUAGUAGAUGGUUUUUAUGAUGUAUUUGGGCUCUAUAACGAUUCGGCAAUGCAAGGAAAGAUGCCAUCUAUAGCAGACCUUGAAGCAAAUCCUGGUAGUUCUAGCUUUGAAGUGGUCAUAGUUAAUCCGACAAUUGAUCCUGCCUUGGAAGAGCUGAUGCAAAUUGCACAUUGUAUUGCAUUAGACUGCCCUGUCACAGAGAUUGGUAUUUUGGUACAAAGGCUUGCUGAGCUUGUUACAAACCAUAUGGGUGGUCCUGUGAAGGAUGCUAAUAUUAUAUUGGCAAGAUGGACGGAAACAAGUACAGAGCUAAGGACAUCUCUUCACACAAGUGUUUUGCCUCUAGGGUCCUUAAAUAUUGGGCUUUCUAGGCAUCGUGCUUUGCUUUUCAAGGUAUUAGCUGACAAAAUUAAGAUGCCUUGUAGAUUGGUCAAAGGUAGUCAUUACACUGGUGUUGAGGAUGAUGCUGUCAACAUUAUAAAGUUGGAGGAUGAAAGGGAGUUUUUAGUUGAUCUCAUGGCUGCCCCUGGAACUCUUAUUCCAGCUGAUAUUUUGAAUACAAAGGAUAAUGCCUUUCCCAAGAUUUUACCGAGUUUGCCUUCCACUAAGGAAGCUGGAUUUUCUUACUCAAGACCUAUCCUGCCAUCUCAUGGUGAAGGUAGCAGUCAAACUUCUGUGAUAAAAGAUCAUUCACCACCCUGGAAUGGAAAGUCAUAUGUCGAGAAGUCAGAGUAUAUGCCUUUGAACUUGGGUUUAAGCAGAGAUACUGACGUUGGUCCUUCUAAAAUUCCUAAUAAAGGGAUUCCUAACCAACUGGGAAAUUCAGAACCCUCGCAUGGUAUUUCUCUGUACAAAGGGACUCUUGGAAUGAAUGCAGUUGGUGAUGGGACGAGAUUGAAUGUUAAUGUUGUACCAUAUGCCCAGAACAAUCUCAAUGACUCUCAGAACCUUUUUGCUGAUCUUAACCCAUUCCUGAUGAAAGGCACUAGGAAGACCUCUGUGCUUAAUAAACCUGUGGAAAAUAAACCGCCUGAGCUCCAGAACACUAAAAACAAUACUAAUUCUGCUCAACCAGUUGGACCACUGAUGUGGAAGAAUCGCCAUGCCUAUAAUGAGGUCCCGAGGAAAACUAAUUAUAACAAUAAUGAAUAUAACCGUCCUUUAUUUGUUUCCAAUGCUUCUUCAUCUGAAAAUACUGAUCUCCAUAAUUCUAAAUUGUCAUACAUUUCAAAUAUAAAUAAUGAUGUAAAUACUCAAACUUCGGCACAAGCUACUAGUUCAGCCUCACCAGUUGGUGUAGGUGGACUGAACCGGAUUGAGGAUCCCAAUGCCGAUUUUAACAGGAGGAAUUGGGAUAACUCUCAAAAUGUCAUGGCAGAGGCAGUUAAAGAACCUGAAAACAUUGAAUUCAGACAUCAUGACCGAAGGAAGUGCAUACAUGACAGAUUCAUGGGAAGCAAUUUGAAAUUAAAAGAUCCAGAGAGUCCUAGCUCUUCAUUUGAUUAUGUUACAAACAGGGUUGAUUCUUCAAUAUUGGAUGAUGUAGACGUUGGUGAAUGUGAGAUUCCAUGGGAGGAUCUGGUUCUUGGUGAAAGAAUUGGUCUAGGUUCAUAUGGGGAGGUAUACCAUGCAGACUGGAACGGCACGGAGGUUGCUGUGAAGAAAUUUUUGGAUCAGGAUUUUUCAGGCGCUGCCUUGUCUGAGUUCAAAAGAGAAGUACGGAUAAUGCGUAGGCUGCGGCAUCCAAAUGUUGUUCUUUUUAUGGGUGCUGUUACUCGGCCUCCCAACCUCUCAAUCAUUUCAGAGUUUCUUCCAAGAGGAAGCCUGUACCGGAUUCUCCAUCGCCCUAAUUGUCAGCUCGAUGAGAAACAGAGAAUAAAAAUGGCUCUGGAUGUGGCUAGGGGCAUGAAUUGCUUACACACCAGCACACCAACAAUUGUUCACCGAGAUCUAAAGUCCCCAAAUCUUUUGGUUGAUAAGAACUGGAACGUUAAGGUUUGUGAUUUUGGGUUGUCACGCUUGAAGCACAACACAUUUUUGUCAUCCAAAUCAACUGCUGGAACGCCGGAAUGGAUGGCUCCUGAAGUUCUCCGCAAUGAGCCUUCAAAUGAGAAGUGUGAUGUUUAUAGUUUUGGGGUCAUCCUAUGGGAGCUUGCCACUCUAAGGUUGCCGUGGACUGGAAUGAAUCCUAUGCAAGUUGUUGGUGCUGUGGGCUUUCAAAACCGUAGACUGGAAAUUCCUAAGGAACUUGAUCCUUUAGUUGCCAGAAUAAUCUGGGAAUGUUGGCAACAGGAUCCAAAUUUGCGCCCCUCGUUUGCACAGCUUACGGUGGCUCUGAAGCCCCUGCAGCGUUUGGUUAUCCCAUCUCAUCAAGACCAGGUAGCUCCACCUCUGCCGCAGGAGAUUUCUGUAAAUUCUACCCCAUGAAAAAUCUCUUUUCUCAAGUGUGAAUAAGUAGGAUUUCUGCAUAGUUACUCAUGUGCUGAUAAAGGUAACAGCACAAUAAAAGAGAAAAAAUUCAUCAAACUUGUAACGGCAAAUGAUUGUGUUGAGGAAUAUAGCAAUUCCUGCUACAGCCAAACAACUGCGGAGCCAUUUUGUAUUGUGUUGAUAGCUUGUCCGAGGAACUGAAACUCGGUAAUAUGUGUAAAUAAUUAAACAAACUAUACUUAAGAUGUACUAGGGAAAUCUACAAUUUGGUGAAGUGGUUUGGUUGCUCAAUGUUUUAUCUUGUGAUGAAGUAUUCUUUUGGACAAGGAAAAGGAAGAUGAGGUUACCAUGAAGAAAUAAAUUAUUUUUGGGCAA